AUGGCCACUAGUCCACCACUUACGCCGCCUACCUUAUCGCCACCGACGUCGGUGAGCUCAACUGCGCCGCCAACUACGACGGAUCCUCCGACUACAUCGCCGCCCCCCACGACGACGCCUCCGCCGCCUCCAACAUCAUCGUCUCCCCCGUCAAGCCCUCCUACAACACCUUCUACGUCUUCCUCUUCUUCCAUUUCAAGUCCACCUCCGGAGACGACAAGCACGCCGAGCUCGUCAUCUUCUUCAUCAGUAGUUUCAGAAACCCCGACCAUCACCUCGACCUCCGCACCCCCGCCAAGCACGACGUUGGUUAUUACAAGCACCUCAGGAACUCAAAUUGUCACUGUUACUCAGACGACUCUUGCGCCGACGAUCAGCCGGAAUGUUGCACCUACAACGGCUGUGAACGACCAGUCAAACAGCAGCGGCUUCUUUUCCAACACUGGAGCUGUAGCUGGCGUAUUCACAGUCGUUGGCGUGGUCGUCUUGGCCGUUGUAUUCGCCCUCAUCACCAACGCUAUCAGAAAACGUCGAGCUCGCAAGUUCGACCGAGAGAUCGCGGACGCUGCUGCUGAAGCGGCGGCGGCGCAAGCUCCAGCGUUCCUCGACGACGACGACGACGAUAUCGAGCGUAGGGCAGCUGGAUACGGAAGAGGCGGUACCAGCGGCGGAUACGGCGCAAGCGGAAGCAAGGAGUCGUACACUGGCUACGAUUCGGGCUAUGGUCAACCGAACUUGGGGUACGAGACCUACGGAAUGAGCGAGAUACCGUCGAAUGCAUCGGCCACGGGGCUCGUUGCAGGAGCAGGAGCAGCUGGAAUUGGGGCGAGUGCCCUGGCACGUGCACGGAGCCAGCGUGCAUUAGAAGCACAAGGUCUAGCACCUGGUGCAGGCGAGGCUCAGACGCCGUAUCCUGCAUUUGUUGCUCCUGGAGCCAUGCAGGCGCAGGACCAAUGGUAUCACAACCGCGCCCCCCAGCAACCUCAGCAGUAUCAACCGUACCCGCAACCCCAGUAUCCUUCUCCCCCUCCAUCACAGCAAUACCCUUCGUACACGCAAUCUCCGCCUGGCUCGCAACACAACCAUUCACAAUCACCCUCGCCUCCCCCACCUGCCGCUCUUCAACCUGGUUACGCUGGGAACCCCGGGAGUAAUGAAUAUGCACUUUUAGAAGCUGCUGGCUUCGGUGCGGGUGCAGCUGGUGGAGCCUCAGUCACGCGCGGGCCAUCGCAAUACACCAACGCUCCUACCUCGGCCUCAGCGUCGGUAUAUUCAUCAGAUCUCUCCCGCGGACGUUCCCUCGGCUCGGCGAACACAGGCGACCUAUUCUAUUCUGGGAAUGGGUAUCCACAGCCAAUGCCAUCGUCGGGCCCUACGCCAACGACUGCCUCAACAGGAUUGGGCAGCGGCGGGGCAUCGCCUCAGGAGUCGUAUGCGGCGCAUUACCAGACUGGAGGAGGGCUAGUACCUCCGGGAGUCGCACCAGUUGGGUCGGACGGGCAGUAUGCUACGAGGACGGUUUCACCCUUGCCAAAUCCGUUUUCGCCGGGCUUGGGUUCAGGAUCCAGGGAGGAUGACGGGUACGGUGGGAUGGCGGAGAGUGAGGAUGAGGACGACCAGGAUGAUGGUGGGAGACGGGUGCUGAAGGUACGAAACGAGUAA